GCAUCGCUCCUGACGUCGCCCACCCGCCCCCUUCAUCGCGCCUGUCCGCUCUCGCUCGCUCGUUCGCUGUGCAUGUUGUAUACGCUCUUGAAUAGACGCAUUCAGUAAAACGAAAAGCGGAUUGGGUUAAGCGCGAUAGUUCUCGCAGCUCAGGAGGCACCCGAACGGGGCGGGGUUAUGAUCGGGGAGAUUAGGAAGUGAGGGGAGACUCGUUGCGCUGUGGGCGAUGGGUUGUGCUUGACCCGGCCCUCGCCCCGGGUCGGCGUGGCCUGGCACCCAGACCCCGUCUCCUCCGCCACGACGCCGUCCUUAGAGAAGAGCGGUGACCGAUUCUCCGCCCGCCACUCACAAGCGGGGAACGUGCGGUAGCGUGUUUGGUUCGGAGGAGGAGUAAGAGAGCUCGAGGCGCUGUGGUCAUCGCUCCGUUGGCUCUCUGCGGACGAUGAAGGCGUCAAUUCGGUGUCCCGUGCUCGUCUCGGCACGUCCCGACCCCAGGCUCCGCGCGGUCCACGCAGCCCCUGGACCCCGUGCACGGACCUGGCCGACCCAAGCACCCAACUGCUUGCCGGCCCUGCUGUGCCAAGCAGAGGCCUCACCAGUCCCGGCUCGGCUGCCGGUACCAUGGAGGACCUCGCCCACCAGAUUGUGGAGCAGCACGUCGCCGAGGCAUCCCAGAUGACGCUGAUGGGGGCGCAGACCACACUCGUGGGAAGCCCUCUGUUCAACAGCCCGCCGCAGAAAAUCCAGAUCGUCUCCACCGACCCCUCACUCGGCAAUCCUCACCGCAUCCAGGUCGCGGUAGUCAGAGGAUCAACGUGCGGUGGUGCGGCCUGGCAGAUCGUGACGGACCAGCAGACGGGCCAAAAGAUCCAGAUUGUAACGGCGAUGGAGACCGGCGGCACGCCACCCAAACAGUUCGUGUGGGCCACGGCGGACGACGGGCACGGCGGGGGCAAGUUGAUCCUGGCGGGCACGCCCGAGCAUGGUGCCCAGGGCGGCAAGAUCAUCCUCGCCUCGCCCGACGGCCUCGGAAGCCGCCAGCUCAUCCUUACCACCCACGAUGGCAGCGGCGGCACGCCGCAGCGUCUGCAGAUCAUCACGGAGCAGGCGUCCGGAGAGCACAUGGCCGUGCUGCGCAAGGACGACGGGCAGCAGAGGGCGGUGGACCCUGCGAGUGGCCUCCUCAAGCUGCCCGUCGAGUUCUGCGUCGUGUGCGGCGACCGCGCCUCAGGGCGGCACUACGGCGCCGUGAGCUGCGAGGGCUGCAAAGGAUUCUUCAAGCGCAGCGUGCGCAAGAACCUUAAAUACACGUGCCGUGGCAGCCAGGACUGCGUGAUCAACAAGCACCACCGCAACCGCUGCCAGUACUGCCGCCUGCAGAAGUGCUUCAACGUGGGCAUGAAGACUGAGUCCGUGCAGUGCGAGCGCAAGCCGAUCGAGACGAUGCGCGAGAAGCCGGCCAACUGCGCCGUGUCGUCCGACAAGAUCUACAUCCGCAAGGACCUGCGCAGCCCCAUGGCCGCCACGCCCACCUUCGUCACGGACAAGGACACGUCGCGGACGGCUGGGCUCUUUGACUCGGGGAUACUGGUGAGUGUUCAGCAGCCGCUCUUAAAGAAUGAGAGCGCUCUGCUGAUGGAGACGAGCCAGGGAGACCUGAGCACCCUGGCCAAUGUUGUGACAUCACUCGCCAACUUCGGCAAGGGCAAGGAGGACUCGCCGGGAGCCAACACGACCGCUGCCAACACCAGCGCCAGUUCUGCCAGCUCCUCUGGGGAGCUGCCCGGCCUGGACACGCUGAGCAACGGGGAAACCUCGCUGACAGAGAUCGCCCCCGACAACCAGUCGGCCAGCGAGAUCACGCGGUCAGCGGCAUUCGACACUCUGGCCAAGGCCCUCAAUGCGAGCGAGGGCGGCGGUGGCGGGGAAGGGCCCGAUGGUGCGGCCUCCAUGACCGGUACUAACUCCACGAGCCUGCAGCUCAUGGGCGCCAACGACCAGAACCUCCCGGUGAUCGAGAUCGACGGCCCGCUCCUCACCGACACGCACGUCUCCUUCAAGCUGACGAUGCCGUCGCCCAUGCCCGAGUACCUGAACGUUCACUACAUCUGCGAGUCAGCGUCGCGCCUCCUCUUCCUCUCCAUGCACUGGGCACGCUCCAUCCCCGCGUUCCAGGCCCUGGGGCUGUGCAGCCAGGAGGGCAACACGGGGCUGGUGCGGGCCUGCUGGAACGAGCUCUUCACGCUGGGCCUGGCGCAGUGCGCCCAGGUUAUGAACCUUUCCACCAUCCUCACCGCCAUCGUCAACCACCUCCAAGCCAGCCUGCAGCAAGACAAGCUGACGACAGAGCGGGUCAAGGUGGUGAUGGAGCACAUCUGGAAGCUACAGGAGUUCUGCAAUAGCAUGAGCAAGCUCAACGUGGACCCUUAUGAGUACGCCUACCUCAAGGCCAUCAUCCUCUUCAGCCCUGACCACCCGGGGCUCGUCAACACGGCGCAGAUCGACCGCUUCCAGGAGAAGGCGCAUGUGGAGCUGCACGAGUACAUGAGCAAGAGUUACCCCGACGACCCCCACAGGCUAGCGCGGCUACUCCUGCGGCUGCCGGCGCUGCGUCUCAUGAGCUCGAACAUCACGGAGGAGCUGUUCUUCGCGGGGCUUAUCGGCAACGUGCAGAUCGACAGCAUCAUCCCCUACAUUCUGCGCAUGGAGACGGCCGAGUACAACAGCCAAAUCACGGGCACCAGUGCCUGAACGCACGUGCGCGUCGUCGGCGUACCGGCUUGGACCGACUCUCCCGGUGGACGCCUGCGGUCGCUGGAGAAGUCCAGUAAUGUGGCCGCACGAAUCCGUUUCCAGGACCGUGUCCUCGUCGUAACCGCACCUUCGCCGCGACGUGGGUCGCGCCACUGUACGGCUGACCGACGUCUUCCUUGGGCCACCGUUGCCGCCACCACUACCAGACUGCGUGGCCGCACCGGUUGCCCCACCGGUGGCCCCGGUUUAUGGUGGGGGCGGGGCUUCCAUGUGCCGUGUUGACUUUUCAACUCUGGCUUGAGCGUGGACUCGUUCGGACUUGCGUGGCUGGCACGACCACCGGCACUGCUGCCGUUUACCGCGGUCAUGGUGCUGGCGUCGCCACCGCCAUGUGGCCAGGUGGAACUUUGUCGACGUAAGAGCUUGGAAGAACCCUUGAGCACGAAACAGGAGGCGUCUUGUGUGCAGCGUGCGCAAAGACCAAGCUGCACACACUCGCACACGCCGCACAGUGUUACAUAUGAAAUGUGGUGCGGACGGGCCAGGCUUGCCAAGCUGCGACAUUGCUGUGACACUGUAGAGGGGUUCAGAGGGGAGGUGAAGGGAAAUACCCCCGUCCCCAGGCCUGAGGUUCGAAGGCUACAGAGUUUGGUUUCUCCCUCGGGGUGUUGUCCGUUGCGGAGCGUUUCACCUUGCCCAGGUCAUCACGGGAGUGUUUCCUGCCACAACCCCCAGCUCGCACAACCACAGUGGGAGUGUGUGCUUGCGCCCGUGUAUUUUACUCAACUUUGUCAGGACAAUCAUGGAGUUUUCCUAAUCUGUCGUGUACGUUUCCUCCAUUACAGCAUGGUGUAGAUUUAUUUAAAAAUUGCUCAGUAUUUUUUAUUUUAUAGAGCGACUAACGCGCCGAUACGAUUCUGGCUUUUGAAUCAACAGCAAGCAGCGAAUUUUGUACAUUCACUCUGCUACUUGGUUCACUCAGCGUAUUGCCCUCAUUUUGUUUAUUUGAGAUUUUUUUAGGCAUCUGAGUCGACAAAUAUGUUCCACCGGAACUGUCCCCUGCCCCCCCCUGGUUGUUGGUCAGCCUCAUCAAUUUUAAUUGCGUAUGUGUGCCGUCCAACAUCAGCUCAGUGGAAACGACCGCCGGCUUGGCCUCUCCCGUGAGCGACAUGCGUCCGCGGGGCCACGUUCUCCGCUGCUAAGUGAGACCGUGGAGAUGCCACAAAAGUUGGUGCUCGGGCUGGAAACCGCUGUGUUGGCGACUAGCCAGUCUACUGGGACAGGCGCUACCAACACCACCACAAAUUGCCGCGUGGCCGCCGGUUUCUCCCUGGAGGCGUCCACGUUAAAGUCGACUGCCCAGCAGUCCCGGAUCGAACCCGAAUCCUUGCACUUCACCGUAACAUGGCAGGCAGACCAUGAGCUGUACUCCCCCCGCCACCACCACGUGCUUGUUUUAGCUGGAGUCGUGCUGUACAAAAAUGUUUUUCUUUUUAUGAUCUGUAUAAUUUGUUUUUACAUAUAAAAAAAAAACCCUGCUACUUACUGCUGGAACGAUCGCGGUAGUUUUUGUAGCACUGGAGACGCCGGCGGAGAGGAGUGUUUUGGGGCUGCGCCAGGGUCCAGCACUCCCACAAACCAGGCGGCGGCACUCCCAGCGGAAGCUGGUGUAGGCGUCCCGGCUGGUGCCAAGGGCACGGCCCAGAGUAGUCGGGGGGUGCCCCAACAUUCGUUACCGAUUGAAUCUGGAGCCAUUAAGAGCUGCCAACACUAAUUGCCUCUUUUAGUAGGUGGUGACAACUCUUUAUCAAAGCGUGCAUAUUGCAGUGGGAUCACCCACGCAAACAAUUAGGCGUACCAUUGUAAUUGACACCAGGUUUGACCUAAACCAGCAUUUGCACCCAAGGAGUCCCCUAUCUAAGCCAUGUGUCACUCAGUUUCACAGGUCUGUGUUCCACCUGGGGUGAGACCAGAGAUUAAUUUCAGCCGAGGUCUGUGUCGGUAACCUAAACAUGAACCUUUAGCGCCUCGCAUCCAAUAACAGUCACAGCUAUGGUUGUGACAGCUACUGGUCACGCGCCACCUACUCCAGUCUACCAGCGACCAGAAAUAUACUGGGAAUGUUAUCCCUGUUUGAGAUCAUAUUUUACAUGUCAGCCCCGCGUUCUUCUUGGCUGGCAUCAGCAGGCUGCGAUUGGUCUAGGCUGGAGGUUAUUACGUCAGCCAUUCGUCACACUCUUUAGCGCGUCGUGUAUGUGUACAUCUUCAUGAUCGUUAUAUUAUAAUACGAGAGUUGGAAGCGUUUUUAAUUGACUGGAUACUUGGAAUAUUUAGGUUUGCGCUGGAGCAACUCGAGGCGCUGGCUGUGUGCUAUUGCUCCGCGUGUAGCUGCUUUAAAGUCGCCGUUUUGUACCUCUCUCUCGUCUCUUCUGUUGUCACAGCCUCUGACCGAGACUCGGAGCUCAGGCGCUACCAUGGAAUAAAAAAACACCCCCUGCGAACUCA